AGAUUACCAUAUAUGGAAGUUUGGGGAGUUUGUAAUUACUGAGCCAAGCCAAUGUUGUCUUGAGAACAUUGUCUUGAGAGCUGAAGUUUUUCCGUGACAGCUUCUUUUAUGCCAGCCAAAACGGGGCAGUUUCGUGUCUGUUGGAGAAACAUGGCAGCAGGCUGUUGGAAAGCUUCUGCGUUGGUCUGCCUGCUUAAUUUGCUCGUACCUUGGACUCUGGUGGCGUCCGAGUCCGGAGUGGUGAACACCGUGCAUUCAGCAGAGUUUGAAGACUUUAUUGGAUCUCCCAGCACACUGACCGCCGUCUACUUCCACAAGCGACAAAACGCAGGAAGUUCCCAAGGUCUUUUUGCGAUGCACACGAAGACAAUUGAAAGCAUCUUGGAGCCUGUAGCCCAACAGGUUUCCCAACUAGUGAUUCAAUAUGAAGAGGCAGAAGAAGGCAAUGCCAUGCCGGACCUGGCACAACCGGUCCAGGCUCUGCGUGCCGCAGUACAGAACCUGGUUGCGGUUGGCAAGGAGACAUUAAAAACCAGCAAAGAUGAGAUCCUGAAGCAGGAGAUGCCCAUCGCCUUCAGCAGGGUGGAGGAGGCCUCACACCUGCUGGUGGACGCUUCUGACAUGCUGCGGGCCAAUCCUUACUCCAGACCAGCCAGGGAGAAGCUCAUAGAUGGUGCUCGAGGAAUUCUGUCUGGGACGUCCCAGCUGUUGCUGACGUUUGACGAGGGUGAGGUGCGUAAGAUCAUCAGGGUGUGUAAGAACGUACUGGAGUACCUGCCCGUCUCUGAGGUGUUGAAGAGUUUGCCAGACACGGUCACUUUUAUCAAGAACCUGUUCCCUGGUUUACUCAAUAUGGCUAAGAAGAUGGACGCCCGUUCUGAGGAUCUGACUCACCAGCAGCACAGGGAGAGCCUGGCCCACUCCCUCCAGGUGGUGAAGCACCUGGUAACUGCCUUCCCCAACGUCAUGAGGGCCUAUAUCUCCAUACUGAAAGAUAAGAAUAGUCCACGCGCUGAGGCCUUAGCGAACCGCAACUACUUGGUGAAUAGGAUAUUGGCCGAGAUCAUCGAGAUCAUCCGCGUCCUGCAGCUGACAACGUACGACGAAGACAGCUACGAUGCCGAUGACAUGACCGUGAUGAAGAAGGCCCUGGCCAGCUUCAUGUUUCGGCUGAAGCCGGCCAGGGAUUGGCUACAGAACCCCGACGCAGAAGCCGGCUCGUCCAUAGGUGAGAAAUAUUCACUGAGACAAAUCAUGGAAGAUGCGCGGAGGAUCGGUGAGCGAUGUGUUGGUCCAGAGAGAGAUGAGAUCCUCAGGCUGUGUAGGGAGCUGACAGCCAUGGUGGACCAGCUGUCAAACUUAAGGGCCAGGGGACUGGGAAGCUCUCCUGAGGCUAUCAACCUGUCCAGACAGAUCAUCAAGCCGCUGAUGGACAUGGACAAACGUGUGCAGCAGGCCGUGUCCAACUUCCAGCAGAGCGGCAUCAGGAAGCCGGCCCCCACCAUCGCUGGCAAGAUGGAACAGGCCAUGAUCUGGCUGAGUGCACCAGCCAUGGAUGACAAGGGACUAGGUCAACAGGCGGUGCAUGAGCUGGUGAGGGAGGGGAGGAAGCUGGCUCAGACGUGCCAGGAGCCGGACAGGUCGGACCUGCUGAGGAAGUGUGACUCUGUGGAGAGGCUAACCAGGCAGCUGGCUGACCUCGUCAACCAGGGCAAGGGAGACAGUCCAGAGGCCCAGGAGCUGGCACGUACCGUGCAGGAGAAGUUGAACGACCUAAGGAAGAAGAUGGAUGAUACUCUAGUGAAGCAGAUUGCAGAUGUGUUCAUGGACACCACAACUGCACACAAGCAGCUCAGCAAUGCUGCCCAUGCUCCAGCAGAUGCACCUAACCGAGAGCCAGAGUUUGGCGACAAGGCAGGAAACUUUGACCAACACUCAGCCCUGCUGACCCAGACUGCCGGCCGUGUGGCUGAUGCUGGCAGCUGUCAGAACAAGAAGACACUGGAGGGCAUCAAGAGCACUGCUGGGGUGAUCCGAGACCUGACCCCACAAAUCAUCUAUGCUGGAAAAAUCCUGCUGUUCGCUCCAGUCGAUAAGGUGAUCUCAGCGCACUUUGAAUUCAUGAAGACGGAAUGGAUGACCAACAUGGACAAGCUGACAUCUCUGGUGGAUGAUGCUGUGGACACUGUUGCAUUCAUCAAAGCAUGUGAGGAGGCCAAUGCUCGUGACAGUGAAAUGGUUAAAGUUGCCAUCAGGAAUGUGCAAGUCCAGAGUGUGGUGAAAGGUAUCUCUAACAUUGCCCGCCGUGCCACCCGUGUCAAGAUGGUCGCCGAACGGGAAGCUGAGAACUCCGAGGACCCCAAGUUCGUGGACAGGGUGAACGAUGCAACGGACACACUCUCAAGAUCUAUCAGUGCUAUAGUACAGGAUACCAAAUCUGUGGCCAUCAACCCCAAUGACCCAAACUCCCAAGGCAGAUACUUUGAUUCGAACACAAAGCUGAGAGAUGCUGUUGCUGGUGUACGUGAGGCCAUCACUGUCGUGGAUAAAGCUGCCCUGGCUGCAGCACAGAAGGAGGAGGAAGUCGCUUUCCCUACUCCCAAACCCAACCAGCCCAUCAUGGUUGCAGCCCACCAGCUUCACUUUGAAGCCCAGAAGUGGUCCAGUAAGGGCAAUGAGAUUGUUGCAGCAGCCAAGAAGAUGGCGCUUCUUAUGGCAGAGAUGAGUCGUCUGGUCAGAGGUGAAGGUGGUAACAAGAGAGACCUUAUCCGAGUUGCGAAGGAGAUUGCUUUGGUCGCUGACAAGGUCAUGCGAUUGGCCAAGGAAGUUGCUGAACAGUCGACAGACAAGAGGAUACGAACGAACCUACUGCAGGUUUGUGAGCGUAUCCCCACCAUCAGCACACAGCUGAAGAUCCUGUCCACAGUCAAGGCCACUAUGAUUGGACAGUCAAAUGUAGACAGUAAAGAAGUGGACCAGGCGACUGAGAUGUUGGUCCACUAUGCCCGUAACCUCAUGCAGUCUGUGAAGGAGACCGUACGCAAGGCCAAGGCAGCCUCCAUCAAGAUCCGCACAGACGCAGGCAUCACGCUUCGCUGGGCCCGGAAGAAGCCAUGGUACAUGUACCAGUGAAGUCCUUCUGACUGACCUGAUGUGUACUUGUAAAACAGGAGUCUGGGGGGGAGGGGGGCACCAGCAAAGUACUUACUGUUACCAUAUUCAUGAUUGUCUUCCAAUCUUCAUUCCAAAUUUUUCAAUCAAAGGGAGCUUAUUGUUUCUGAAAAGAAAGGGAAGGACACUACGGACACAUGUCUGUAAUUUUGCUACAUGUAGGCUAUGCAUAAUUCUUAACGGUGCACACACCAAUUCUUUUGCGACAGGGGUCCGAGGUAGUGCCCGGAAAAAAAGUGACGAAGGGAUUCUGUUGGUUCAUGUUUGAGUUUACAUUUCUCAUAAUCUGCUGCAAAAUAGUAUUACAUUGUAUCUAGUAUCUGGCUGGAAAGUGUAAUAAGUGCCGUGUUUUGGGUGAAAAUUGAUUUUGGGCCCGGGUGUCCUUCCACCUUGAGCGUGACGGGCUAUUGUGAUAAUCUCAGUGUUAGGAUUUUCUUUAUACUCUUCUUGAUAAUACAUAAGGGUUUUCUCUUUCCGACCAUAUAAG